AUGAAAUCAACCCUACAGAGUCUACAGUCCGAUUUACAAUCGUCAUCAUCCUCCUCUUCGAAGAUACAACCGUCGGAUCAAUCGUGUGUGCAAUCACGUGUAAAACUUCCAGAAAUACGACUGCCAAGCUUUGGAGGCAAAACACGAGAUUGGGUUACGUUCCGGGAUAUGUUUAGAAGCCUCAUCCAUCGGAACGAACAGCUUACCGAAAUGGAUAAGUUCACGUAUCUUCGGUCAUCCCUCACAGAUGAAGCGCGUGUGUUGCAGACCCGGUACGAAAACAAGAAGCUUAUCGUCAAGGCUCACCUAGAUGCACUAUUUGCAGAGGAACCAAUGAAGAGGGAGAAUUACGAAGCAUUGAAUCAUCUUCUCAGCGAAUACGAUCGAAACUUACAAAUGCUGGAAAAGAUUGGUGAAGCUCCAUCUAACUGGAGUACAAUUUUAGUGUACAUGGUAUGCUCUAGACUCGAUCCAGUAACUCUCCGCCACUGGGAAUCGCAUCACAGCUCAAAGGAUGUGCCCAGUUAA